AUGGAGGCGCUCGGCACCGGCACGCUGCUGCUGCUGCUCCUGGCGCUGGCGCUGGCGCUGGCGCUGCUGGGGACCCGCACCCACGACCACCUGCCGCCCGGGCCCGCGCCGCUGCCGCUGCUGGGCAACCUCCUGCAGCUCCGCCCCGGGGCGCUGUACCAGGGACUCCUGCGGCUCAGUCAGAAGUAUGGACCUGUGUUCACCGUGUACCUGGGCCCCCGGCGCCGCGUGGUGGUCCUGGUUGGGCACAAGGCCGUGCAAGAGGCCCUGGGAGGCCAGGCCGAGGAGUUCAACGGGCGGGGGACAUUGGCCACGCUGGACGGCACCUUUGAUGGCCACGGGGUUUUCUUCUCCAAUGGGGAGCGGUGGAGGCAGCUGAGAAGAUUCACCCUCCUCGCGCUGCGGGACCUGGGCAUGGGGAAGAGAGAAGGCGAAGACAUUGUCCAGGCUGAGGUCCGGUGUCUGGUGGACGCAUUCCGGGAGACAAAAGGACGGCCAUUUGACCCCUCCCUGCUGCUGGCCCAGGCCACCUCCAACAUGGUCUGCUCCCUCGUCUUCGGCCGCCGCUUCCCCUACAAGGAUAAGGAGUUCCAGGCCAUGGUCCAGGCGGCUGGCGGAGUCCUGCUUGGGGUCAGUUCCCGGUGGGGUCAGGCCUACGAGAUGUUCUCCCAGCUCCUGCAGCACCUGCCCAGCCUGCACGCAGAUUUCCUUGGCCACGUGGGCACACUGGCCGCCUUUGCAGUCCAGCAGGUAGAGAAGCAUCGGGAAAACCUAGACACCUCAGGCCCUGCCCGUGACCUCGUGGACGCCUUCCUGCUGAAGAUGACACAGGAGAAACAAGACACUGACACGGAAUUCACGGACAAGAACUUGCUGAUGAAUGUCAUCUAUCUGCUGUUCGCCGGGACCGUGACGGUCAGCGCCACGACUCGCUACACUCUCCUGCUCCUGAUGAAGUACCCUCAGGUGCAAGAACGUGUGCGGGAGGAGCUGACCCGGGAGCUGGGCGCCGGCCAGGUGCCGGGCCUGGGGGACAGAGCCCGCCUCCCCUACACGGACGCGGUCCUGCACGAGGCCCAGCGGCUGCUGGCCCUGGUGCCCAUGGGCAUACCCCGCGCCCUUACCAAGACCACCUGCUUCCGAGGAUACAUCCUGCCCAAGGGCACUGAGGUCUUCCCGCUCCUGGGCUCUGUCCUGCAUGACCCCGAGGUCUUCGAGAGGCCAGAAGAAUUUCAUCCCGACCGCUUCCUGGACCGUAACGGCCACUUCACGAAGCCGGAGGCUUUCCUGCCCUUCUCCUUAGGAAAGCGCGUCUGCCCCGGGGAGGGCCUGGCGCGGGCGGAACUCUUCCUCCUGGUCACCGCCAUCCUGCAGACCUUCUCCCUGGACAGCCCGAGCCUGCUGGGCACCCUGAGCCUCCAGCCAGCUGUCAGUGGCCUUUUCAACAUCCCCCCAACCUUCCAGCUGCAAGUCCGGCCCCGCUGACCUCCUCCCCGCCUCACCUACCCACCAUGUGGACCCCACACAGGGGAGCUCAGGGAGGCCUCCACAGUGGGCGUGGACAUGGCUGCAUCGCUGGAGCCACAGGUCUACACAUGGCCGCCAACCACGUUCACACACCAGGCCAUUUUCUAGAGUCAGUCACACCACUACUCCACUACUCAGCCUACACAUCCGCAGGGCCGGCUCAGCUGCCCACGCGGCUGUCAAGAUGAAACUGGACACUGCUACCCAACCACGAGCGCCACCAGGCCACACAGGCUUUCCCAGACAUAAAUUUAGUCCAUGUGCGACCACAAGCACAUGCCCAGAAAACCCAUCAGCCCUGACACAACACAACUCCCCCUGAUUUGUGACCCCAAACUGCCACCACGUGCCAUUUUCACUUACCAAAGCCGCUGUGGUCUCUGAUCCUGGUACAGAGCCCCCGCACCCCUAACCCUAGUCAGGGCCUCCCGGCUCUUGACCACCACACCCAUGAGGCAAUACCCCGGCUCCUCUGCACCCUCAGCCCUCACGGCGCCCUUCUACCAAGUACCCUGGUUCCUACAUUCUCUGCAAAUAUGAACAAACCCCCCAGAGGCAAUUGGACACACAGAUCUGAAAACCAGGUAUACUUGGACACCCCAAAUCCCUAAGGCCCUGUUAAAAGCUUCCUCCAACUCGACCCACUGUCCCACUGUGUCAGAGUCGCCACUAGACCCGCUGGAAGGAGCAAGACACCAAACGGCAGGGUGCCGACUCCCGUGUCAGGGAUCAGGCCAAGUCUGACGUCCUUUUGACUCAAAGUUCCUUAUUUUGCAAUAAAAGGUUGUUUCUG